AUGUCGGCGAAAGGGACCACCAUCUUGUUUGUCAUCCAGCCAAUGCUGGAUAUCACUGAAUCUAUGGUGGUCUGGAUGGAGGAGGAAUUGCUUGGGAAAAAUCACCUGUGUGUCUUUGUGCUUGCCGUCUGUGUUCCCCGCGACCAGCUGGAAGCUGCCGCGGUUCUUCGAGAGGCGGGAAGGGGGGGAGGGGGAGCAGGACAAGUCUGGGACCCCGAGGGCGGACCCUCGUCCCAGCUGGGGUCUUCAGCUCUCCAGGCUGUGGCAGUUUCCAGGCCCCGCGCUAUUGCGCGGUCUGGCCUCAGGAACCGCUCAGUGGUACCACACCACUUCAUGAUGUCACUUUACGGGAGCCUGGCUGGGAGGGCUCUGGCUCCAGAGACCUCGGGGCACGGACACGCGGACACGAUCACCGGCUUCAUAGACCAAGCGACUCAAGGUACUUUGCAUAUAUUCUGCGCCAUUCCGAGGAAUCUGCGGCCGAACUUUUUAUUUGAAGUAUCUGGCCUCCCCGGAGCUGCCUUGCUGUGCCGCCUGAGGUCUCCAGAGCCAGACCUGGACAGUGUGACCCUACCUCCGCUGCUGCAGCUGUCCUUGUGCCCCGACACGGCUCGCACAUCUCACCGACUGCACUCGCGGGCUGGGGCUGCCGAGCCACUGGACAACACUCCCUGGGAAGCGUUCGAUGUGAUGGACUCUGCGAGAGUGCGGUGGCCGUCCCUGGGCAGCCCGCUGGCCCAGGGACGACUGGGUUUGGGCUGGCCAAACAGUGGCAGCAGCGGUGGCACCACUUCCGAGGAGCACACGCUCUUGGUGACCUCCUGUACACAGAGGAAAAAGAGUCUGUUCAGGGAGAUCCGCGCCUGGGCCAGUCGCGCUCUAGGACGAGGCGCUGGCUCUCUCAGAAAGCAGGCAAGGUACCCCAGGAGCAGGGCAGCAGUGGAGAGGUUGGGGACUGAUCCGGGCAGGCGGAGCCACUGCAGCCGGAAGCCUCUGCACUGGGACUUUAAGGAGUUGGGCUGGGGAGUCUGGAUCUUCUCACCAUUAGACUAUGAGGCCUAUCACUGCGAGGGCGUUUGUGACUUUCCCCUGCGUUCGCACCUCGAGCCCACCAACCAUGCCAUCAUUCAGACGCUACUCAACUCCAUGGCACCUGACGCGGCUCCAGCCUCCUGCUGCGUGCCCGCACGCCUCAGCCCCAUCAGCAUCCUCUAUAUCGAUGCAGCCAACAACGUGGUCUACAAACAGUACGAGGACAUGGUGGUAGAGGCCUGUGGCUGCAGGUAGCAUGCGGUCUUGGGAGGGCCUUGCUGCCGGGAAUCCCAGCUGAAGGAAGAACAGCCUCAGCCUGGCCUGUCACCAGGCCAGAGGGACUGUGGACUAUGGCCUCUGACUGCACAGAGGAGAGCACACAGUUCACACUCACAUUUACACACUCCUUCACUCACGCACACAUUUACCGUGGACAGCAGGUACUGAAAGCCUUGUGUAGAUGCUACGACUGGAUGUCACAGCCAUGCUUAUUUGCUAACAUCGAUACAAAC